UACGUAUGUCUCCCCCAUCAACCACCACUUCCCUUGCUCCAAUCUCUCUCCUUCUCUCUCGUCUCGAAGCCGAUCCGAGACUAGCAAAUUUGAUACUUUAACGGACUUCUGCCGCGACGCCAAUGGCGGCGGGACCCACUUCUCCGGCCAACAACCCGCCUCGUCCUCCGGCGAUGCAGAUGUGGCGACCAUACCCGGUCCUUGCCGCCGACGCAUUCGCCAGGGACACGAUGGUCGCUUGGUUCCGCGGCGAGUUUGCGGCGGCAAACGCCAUCAUCGACGCCCUCUGCGGCCACCUGGCGGAGCUCGGCGGCAGAGCGGGGUGGUCGGAGUACGGGCCGGUGUUCUCUGCGAUCCACCGGCGGAGGAUGAACUGGAUCCCCGUGCUGCAGAUGCAGGAGUUCUGCUCGAUUGCGGACGUGGAGGCGGAGCUGAAUAGAGUGGCCGCCAGGAGAGCGGUGGUGGCGGCCGAGGAGGGGUCAGUUGAAGUCGAGGGCGAGGGGAGGAGCGAGAGCGUCGGCGCCGAGGAGGUGGAACAGAGCGGGCGUUUGGAAGGAGAGAAAGAGGCAAUUUCCGAGAAAGCGAGGGAAAGUGACGGAACCGGCGGCAAUGGCGAUUUCGAGACGGUGGACGAUUCACCGGCGACAGGGAGCGAUGCUAACGAUUCAGGUUCACAAGAGUUGCCACCCACACCAGCAAAACUCGAGAUAUGCUUCGACCACCAGGACUGCGGCAGGCGUUUAACCCGGAUCAAAUUGACAAAGGGCUUCAAAGCAAAGGAAGCGGUUGAAGGGCAUAUGGUGAACGUGGUGAAGGGUCUGAAACUGUAUGAGGAUAUAUUCACUGCUUCAGAGCUUUGUAGAUUGAACGACUUCGUUGAUGAACUCCGAGCCGCUGGCCGAAAUGGAGAACUACCAGGGGAGACCUUUCUAUUAUUCAAUGAGCAGAUAAAGGAAAACAGGACAGAGUUGAUCCAGUUCGGGCUUCCAUCUUUCAAACAUAUAGAAGAAGAUACAACAGACAGUGCAAGAAGUAAGAUUAUGCCCAUUCCAGUUCUUCUCCAAGAUGUCAUAGAUCACCUGGUUCAGUGGCAGUUACUGCCGGUUUAUAAAAAGCCAAAUGGUUGCAUCAUUAAUUUCUUCGACAAGGGAGAACGUUCAAGGCCUUUUCUAAAACCUCCCCAUUUGGAUCACCCAGUCUCGACUCUUUUCCUUUCCGAAUCAAGAGUAGCAUUUGGCCGUUCUCUGAUGAGUGAUCACGAGGGGAGCUACAAAGGCCGGCUCAUGCUUUUGUUGAGAGAAGGGUCUCUUUUGGUGAUGAGGGGAAACAGCGCCGGCGUGGCAAGACAUGCCAUGUGCCCUUCUCCAAACAGGAGGGUUGCCAUUACAUUCUUCAGGAUACGACCCGACUCCAACCAAGACCAAAUCAAGUCAUCAACCGGUGACAUGGCCCUAUGGCAACCGGGCAUGAGGAGCCCAUUUGCAGCAUCAAAUGCAGGUCUCUGUGGCGCUGAUGCAGCAGACAUAAUUCCCUCAUUGGGAAUCCUCCGUGGUCCGGCGGUCAUGUUGCCCCCAAUGCACCCUUUGUUGUUAAGCCCCAAGAAGAUCCAACCUGGAGGUACAGGGGUAUUCCUGCCUUGGCCCGUAAAAUCAAGGAAACCGGCACGAUACCUUCCACCUCGCGCCCGGAAAGGAAGGGUUCUCGAUCUUCCAUCACCAGUUGAGACGCAUGAAGCGGACUGCACUGCUUCAUUAGGAGAUACCGGGACACAAACUGGAGUCUCUCUUGGAAAUGGCCAUCUUUAGGUGCAACCGUCAAGGACUUUUUUAAGUAUAGUAAGCAUUAACUCGACACUUGAGAAAAGCGAGGGCCCUGAAUUUGGCAGAUUCUGUGUCGACCGUGUGUCCAAUGCCACAUACCGAACGUAUUGUUCGGUCUGUUAGUAUUAAUCGCGAAGAAAGUCUGACUUGAACUUAAAUCUAACGGAGGCACUGGAUAGAGAAACAGAACACUUUUUUGGAAGCUGUGAGCUUCUGUGCCACCAUGUUCUCGUGUGGCCUUUUAGCAGGUUUGCUUGUUGUGAAAACAAGGUGUCUGUGCUGUGUCAUGAUUUCAAAUUCCCUUUUUUCGUGUCAUGUCUUAUGAGAUCAGGUUCUCAUGUUAGGACCAAUCAGUUAGGUCGAUGUAAUUUCUUGUAGAUGCUAAUCAAACUGCAAGACUAUGAUGUUGUGAUGACAAAAGCCUUGCUGCUUGACCUGUUCUUGCCGGCAUUUCGGUGGCUCAUGCAUCAUUUUGAGCUAGAGAA